GUCUUGGUUUUUGUAAAUCCGUAACCUGUCAUGCUUUUUUUUUGUCCUUUUUUGGGUACUGUGUUGUUUGUUGUGGCGUUUGACUGCUCUGUUGAAGGAUUGGUGCGGAUUUUAAACUUGGGCUGGUGCGCCUCGUUGACCUGCAAGCCUUACUUUGCAGACUGGGUGAUUAGCAGAAGAUGGCAUCACCGGGUGGUACCGCAGCUCGCGCAAACUCAGACAGCUUUAAAGUUGUGCUCCUUGGCGAGGGAGCAGUAGGCAAGACAUCAGUGGUUCUCUCUUAUGUGGAGGGAAAGUUCAAUGAAAAGCACACUACCACUCUACAGGCGUCAUUUCUCACCAAGAAGCUGUCGCUGGGAGGACGGCGUGUCACACUGGCCAUCUGGGACACGGCCGGCCAGGAGCGGUUUCACGCGCUCGGCCCCAUCUACUACCGCGAGUCGCACGGCGCCUGUCUCAUCUACGACGUCACUGAUGAGGACUCGUUCCAGAAGGUGAAGAACUGGGUGAGGGAGCUCCGGAAGAUGCUCGGCUCCGAGAUCUGCCUGGUCAUCUGCGGCAACAAGAUCGACCUGGCCAAGGACCGGGUGGUCGAACUCAGCACAGCGCUGGCGUACGCCGACUCUGUGGGCGCCAGGCACUUCGAGACCUCAGCCAAGACGGGCGAGGGUAUCGAGGAAGUGUUCCUGUUCCUCAGCCAGCAGAUGCUGCGCGUGCGGGACUCGCGAGACGCGCCGGCCACCGGCUCGCUGCGGCGCAGACAGAACGUCGUCGUCGUCGAAGAGCCGGAGCCAGAGCCGGCCAAGCGCUCCUGCUGCGGCUAGGUGGCGCCGGCGGCGGCGGCCGGCCCGUCUCGGGCAGCGCCGCCGACGCAGCUCCGUUCGUGUAUGUAUUUAAGCCCAGAAGUAUUUUGUAAUCGUGUUUAUUGGCGAGCCAUUCCGGUGAGUUGUUUCAGCGGUGUCGGGGGGUGCGGGACCGGCCGGCCCUCUGUGGGUAGGGGAGGGGGCGGGUCCGUGUUUUACUGAGCGCCCCUCCGCCGACGCCAUGGUGUCACACCUCUCUCCGUGCCACCCUAGUCAGAGGCCACCGUGUGUUCUGUGCUUUAUUCAGAUCGCAUCAUUCAUUUCAAUAUUAAUAUUUUAAUAACUAAAUAAAAGGCGAGCAGCAGUUGCCGAGACUCUGUGUUAUCCGGCGACAGGCGGGCAGACAGGCGGACACGCGUGUGACCUGGCGCGGGCGGGCGUGUGACACUCGGCGCGCCCACGCGCAUUGCACGGGCCGGGCACCCACCAGACACGAAGGUAGCCUACAUACGGAAAAACAGCCACUCGCUCGCUUCACGCGCAUUGUACAAGGUAUAAAUAACUUUACAGAGGCACAUUAUAUCGGCGCCGCCGGCGGCCGCACGCACGCGCGCGCGCACGGCAGGGCUAGCGGACGGGACGGGCGGGGAGCGGGGGGACGGGGGCGGGGGCGACUGUCUGCAGCGGGUUACGGCCGGGCGGCGCGCUCCGCGGGCGCGUGCGGCGGCGCGCCGGCGCGCAAGGCACUGACGGCGGCGGCGAUGACUAGACGAGGCGGCGGCCGGCGGCCGGGCGGGUCACUUGGACAGCUUGGAUAUCACCCGUAUGAGCGCGCCGUUCUCGUCCCGCAGCUUCUUGUUUUGCGCCUUCAGCUCCUCCAUUUCCUGCGGCGGCGGCGGGGGGGGGGGUGUCAGCCUGGGGCACACACAGGAGGCCCACACACUCACACACAGGCGAGCUACCCCGGCGGCCGGCACCUGCCAGCUCUGUUUAUCCCUGUUGACCGCUCUGCCGAUUGAUGGCACAGAAAUACCCGACCCGAGCUGGCACCCGGAGAACGGGCAGAGCCGAUGAAUGGCCCGCGUGCCAGCAGCUGCGAGUGCCGAGACAGGACGGGACAUGUGAUUGUGUUUGUGAUUGUGUGAUUGUGUUCUGACAUACACUCUCGCGACAGUGAGCGCGAGAGUGUAUGUCAGGGUAGAAGGGGUGCGAAAAAGAUGGCACUCGGCAUUACUCGGGCAUGGAUCCUGCCCCGCACAUGUAUCAUGUGGUGUAACUAGGUCGUGAAGAAGGUCGGUUGUUUUGAUUUGUUCUGACAAUCUGUGUUUAUGGUGUUAGUGGUGGUACUGUAAUAUUGUAAUGAGUAAUUCUGUCCAAUCGCUUUCACUGUUGUAAAAUAUAAUUGUACGCAAAUACACCACUAUUUUGACUAAU